AUGGCUGAUAACAACAACAACCAGAACAGCAGCAGCAAAGGCAAGGAGAAGGAAGAUGCCGGUGUUUCUUUUGGUGCGCAAAGCGGCCAGCGACAUCAAAUGAGACGUGGAGGCUUCCAGAGCUCUCAAUCUUCCUCUUGCCGCCCUACCUAUGGCAGUAGCUCCUCUUCUGCUCCGGCUACCAUGUUUCAAGGAUCAACUUGUCUACCCAAGGGAGACUUGAAGCUGGAGACCACCGAGAACUUUUUCGGGGUCAGUGGUUUUGGCUUUGUUGAUAAGCAAGGCAAUAAACCCAAGUCUGUCGUCGGCGCUCUCGACAUCCCUGGCUGCGCUAUGGCCAUUGGAGGUGUUGACAACUCCACCAAGGCUCUGUUGGAGUCCUGGCGAAUCUUGCAGGAGGCGAGACCAGGUAAGCAGAUGUCCUGGAUGCUGUUUGUCGACGACGGCCCAGAGGUUGUCAAAAACACGCCCCACGGCUCCAAGCGAGGCCGAGAUGUCCUUGCUGGGACAGAUGACUUUGAGGCUCGCUCAGCAAAGGCACCCAAACUCCCUGCUCCUAAGCAGCCAGCUGCCCCAGGAAAGGCUCGAGAUUCGCAGCCUGAUGGUCAGUCUCUUCCCCGCCCUCCUAAGGAGAAGAAGUGUGUUGGGUGUGGUUCGGAAGACCACGUACUCAGGCGUUGCCUGAAGGCUGGCGAGGAUGGCAUCGUGAAAGGCUGUCCCAAGUGCAACUCGCUGACUCAUAGCGUCUUUGGUCGCACCGUGAUGGAAGACAGGGAGAAGUUCCUCCUCUCAGUCGUUGGGCGUCGCGGCAUGCCGCCCCUUCUUGAUCUGAAGUCCUGGGCCGAACUGGCAAGCAAGAACUCGUCAAAGGCCUCCGCCAUCCGUGGCUUCCCGUGGUCUGAAGAGUUCACCAAGUCGCUGGCUGAGGAGAUUCCAAGACUCCAGGAAGCCCUGGAUAAGUACGGUUUCCAAUCUCCCGGUGUCUUCACGUUGCCACAGGACCCUCUCACUAAGGACUGGGCAGCUGUCGAGAAGAGUGUCUCCCUUCGGCCCCUUCGAAUCUCUGGUACUGCUACACCAGAACAGAGAGAGGCUGCUCUGGCCCAGGUGGCCGAGAUCUUCAAGAAGAUCGAGGAGAACAAGCCCGAUGCCGAAAUGGCAGACACCCCGGGACCCCCAGCCUCAGGACCUCCAGCCUCUGGAAAGGGAAAGGAGAAGAGUGCUCCUGGCAUUGGCGAUGUUGACCAGACCGAGGUCAAGGAGGAGCCGAACGAGUCAUCAGCCUCUAUCGUGCUCGCCAACCUCGCCAAUGUCGCCAAUGAUGAGGAUGCUCUGGUGGAUUCGGUGGUCGCUGGGCUAAGUUGUGUCCCCCACACCAAGGAGACAAAGUCAGAUGGGACUAAGGUCUGGGUGCUAGGAGAAGAGAGCGGCCUUCAGAAACCCACUGGGGCGCUUAAGGAUCUGCUCUCUAAGUUUAAACGCAAGAAGUGA